AGACUCGUUCGGAAAUGGGAAAGGUAGCAAUACUAGAGAGUCUGAAGAAGCAUAAAGAGCUGCUGAUUGCAGUGAAUGUGCUGUUUGCCGCGCUCUCCAUCUCAGGCCAAGUUGGAGUGAAUGUCACCCUACCCCUCUGGACCAGUGCAGCCACGGCCUCUUGCCAGCAUGGAGCCUCGAACAGCUCCAAUUCGACCAACGGUACCACUGGAGACGGUCUGAGUAUGGACCCAUUCUUUGUCCUGAGCUCCUCUUCAUUUGCGUUCAUGGUGAUAUACGGGGUCCUGGCGCUGGUUUCUGCGGCAUUCGGAGCGGUGACAAUGGACGAUCUCCGGUUCCCUCAGUGGCAGCUAUUUCUUAUUGGGUUUUUCAGUGCGCUAAACGGUGUUCUGAUCGUUUAUUCCUCGCCAACCACCAGAACGCCUCCGUUUUUGCAAGCCAUCCUCGGAAACUUCCUGAUUCCCAUAACCAUAAUAUUCAGAUUAAUACUGCUGCGAAAAAGGCCACAACUGAUCAAGCUGAUGUGUGCAGUGGUUGUGUUCUUAGGUCUGGUCCUCUCACUCAUCCCUGUCAUAACUGGGAUGGAUGCAAGCGACAACAGUUCAUACUUGAAUCAGAACUCUGCAGCCAGAAUUCUGUGGCCACUCUGCUUCAUGCUUGGAUAUGUUCCAGCGGCACUGAUGAAUGUCAUUGAGGAAAAGAGUCUGAAGGACAAGAGGAAUGUCAACAUGUUCUUUCUGCUAUUCUGCAGCUCCUCUUACCAGCUUAUAAGUGCAUUCGCCUUCUUCUGGACUGACCUCAUUCCGCAUUUUGGCUAUACCAAUAACAUCCAUGAAUUUGGAGAAAACUACAAGUAUGCUCUGUCCUGUUUCUUUGGUGGGAGUGGCUGCACCUAUGUUCCUGGACUCAGGGGCUCAGUCUUUGUUGUGAUGUUCACAAUUUCUCUCUUUGGUGGAGGUCUACUGUUGAGAUAUGCAGAGGGUGCCACCUAUCUUGCUGUUGUCAAUGCUGUGGUGACUCCACUGGGAGCUCUGUUCUGGAGUCUAUUUCAAACAGACAACUGCGGGGCGUUCUUCUGGGGUCCUCAUGCAAACAGGCUCACAUACUUCAGCAUCCCUGGACUACUGAUUAUGGUGCCUGCCAUCUACAUCUACAACUUGAUGUGGGUUUCGCUGCAACAUUUCUGACCGCAAGUGAUUAUUAUGCUAAUAGGGUGUCUGAAGUUGAUCCCUUGGAAGAGUUUCUGAAAAAGCUCUUGGGAAUAAGGUGAGUGUUUUGCUGUUAGCUAAAUACUCUUAUUUUAUACUUUGACAAGGCGGACCGGACCUUCCCUGUUAUUGGCCAAUGCUGCUCCUGACAUACACUGUGAAUUAUGCAUUUGAAAUUAAUAUUUUCCCAGGGGCGGCCUCUCAAUACAGGCAAAUGCUGAGAAAGAGGAGAGGACUGCAAUACUAACUGAUAGUGAUGGUUUAGACUCUGAUAUAUGACUAUAGCUACACAUUAUUGUUUUUACAUGUUUUUUUAGCUGCUGAGAAUUGGCAGUGGUAUACUCCACCCUGACUGUCACGAUGUAGCUAUAACCGUAUAAUACUCGAAAGGUUGAAGUAACUGUGAGUGUGUACCACAUAAACACAGGGAGA